UCGACUAAACUAUUUCUCGAGUGGAUUCCCGCUAUUACCGUAGCUAAGCUAAGGCUAUUAUACGAUUUCGAACUCGCUUUAGGGCGCAUCGGUAUAGAUAGUACUAGGCGUUAUAGUCCGAGGAAGCAAAGUAGGCAGAUAAAGAUUCGAAAACGUAUCGAUAUUAUAGGAAAAUAUAUACUCGGGGAGAGACUAGGCGGGGGCGUUAAGCUAUACGUCGCGUUAACAGAGGAAGAGGCCCCGGUAUUACCAAGAAUCAAUAUUAACUUACCUACAUUCUAUCGCGGUGAACGUUUCUGUCGAUAUCCGGGGUGCGAAAUUACAACGCGAUAUAUAAAAAUAGCGGCGUUAUGCGACUACUAUAAGAAUCGACAUCGUAGGUUUGUAUUCCCUAGAUUUUCGACUACAGUUUCCAGGGCUAUAGAAGCCGAGUAUAAGUAG